AUGUCUGUGGCGCGGCUCUCCAAUGAGGACAACGAUCGGGAAUCCAAAAGGUCUAAAAAGGGAGCCUCACCUAUACUGGGAUUCUCGGAUAAGGAUAAGAUGGGAACCAUCCAACCCUAUGACGAUGCUUUGGUAGUUACACUUAGGAUUAGGGGGUUCGACGUGAAGAGAGUAUUGGUAAACCAGGGCAGUGCUGUGGAAGUAAUGUACCCUGAUCUGUACAAGGGGCUGAACCUAAAACCCAAGGACCUAAUGGCAUAUGAUUCCCUUUUGGUAAGUUUCGAAGGGAAGACUGUUACACCAAGGGGACAGAUCAGACUACCCAUACAAACCGGUUCAGACGUGGUGGAGGUGGAUUUCAUUAUGGUCGACGCCUACUCACCGUACACAGCCAUAGUGUCCAGGCCUUGGCUCCACGCCUUAGGAGCCAUUUCUUCUACACUUCACCAGAAGGUGAAAUACCUGUCAGAGGGCCGAGUAGAGGAGAUUGUAGGAAAUCAAACCAUGGCUAGACAAUGCAUGGUGGCUGUCAUCUUUUGCCAACCAAAUCCAGAAUCCUCAGCCUCUAUAAGAAAGGACUUAUAG